UUUAUUUACCUAAAAUCCUUCAAUAAUUUUCAUGGCCUAUAAAAAUGGAAAUCCAACAUCGUUUUAGGGUUUCCAUACCCUUCGAUUUUCUCAUUCAUCACCUUCGAAUUUCUCCAUCCUCGUCAUCUCCGACCUUCAAUUAUGAUUUUUGAAUCUUGGUUUGCUAGAUUUUGAGCUAUGAGCUUGAAUGAUAGUUGUUGCUCUUGAUCUUGAUCUAAAAUUUAAUUUGGUGUGUGGGUUUGUGUGAGAGAAUUCUUUCAAAAUUUAAAUUUUUUUUUUUGACAUGGAUUUGGAAAGUGAGUGCUCGGCUCUUGAAUCUGUGGAAGAUAAUCAAGUGGACCAGGGAGUGUCUCAUGGCGAUGAUGGUGAUGAUCAUAAGGAAAUUAGGAAUAAUGGGUAUUGUACUGAAAAUUUAGCAGAUACUAGGGAAAAGGAUGGAGGGAUUGAAAACAGGCUGAAUUCGCCUGUACCAGAAUCCAAAUCUCCUAGUACAAAAGGUUAUGGAUUGAAGAAAUGGAGGCGAAUUAGGAGGGAAUUUAAUAAGGAUGCUAGUGCUAGUGUUGUAGAUACUAGUAAAAUUUUGAAGCGCGGCUUAUCUGCUCCUGGAAACUCUAUUAAACCUCAACGUUUACCUCUUGAAACCAAGCAUAACAGUGGGGGUUCUGUUGGAUCUGCAAAUUUGUUAAACAAUGUUGGAGCUCUUGAUGGCUUUGCAAUGCACACUUCUGGUUCGGAUUCUAGGUUCGCUGUUGGUUCCAUUUUUGCUGCUGGUACAGAAUCUGAGAACAGUGAGGAUCGGAGUAGCAAAUCUUCCACAGCUGCCAGUGCCCCUAAGGCCAGGUAUGACCUGCCUGCAGUAGUGGGGCAUGUAAAAAAUCGGAUGAAGAACGUAAGUGGAAAGAAUUUCGUCAAUUCAACUCAAAGGGUUCAAGAGGGAAAGGGAAAAGCGGAGAGCAGCAAAAAGCACAGAGGAGAAAGGGUCAAAAUCGAGAAGGAAAACUCUCAUUCCAGUGUCGAAUCUGACUCGAGAAGCUCCAACUUUUUCUUUAUGCAGGGUGCAACUUUGGCAAGUAACGGAAAGCAAAGUGGAAGGUCAAUGAGUUAUGAUGGAGAGAAUAGCGAUGAAGGUCAUGCAAGUGAACGACACUUCAGUGAGGAAGUUCAAACGGGUUAUAGCGAAGAGAAUGUGGAAGAAGUUGAAGUUCUUUCAGAAGAUGAUUUAGUGGCAGAUGUAUAUUCGGGAGUUAAGGAAGAAAAGAGUGAGAAUAAUGGGUUCAUGAAAGACCAGGAUCCACUAGUUGAGUCUAUCCUUAGCCUUCAAUCUGUACAAGAAGCACUUGAAAAAGAGGUCAAGAAACUAGAGGAGAUUGGGAAGGAGCCUUUGCCAUCGCCUAACAACUGGGUGGAUGGUAGCAGUGUACCUGGACCUGCUGAUUCCAGCGAUCCAGAAAUUCAUGAACCCAACUCAUCUGAGCAGUUGGGUUCUGAAAAUAUCAGACCAAGUGCUGUGAGUUCUUUGGAAAUGCAGAUAUUGAGCUUGAAACAGAACAUACAAUCUUUGGAAAGCAAACUGGAAGAGUCAAGGGCAAUGCUCGAGGUGAAGUCAUUCCGGAUUGCAGAACUUGAAGCCACUAUUAAUAGUAGUAAGUCCCCAAAGGAAGAAUCUGGUAGCACCACAGAUUUACUGGAAAAAAAAAGUAGAGAGAUAGAAUAUGAGCUUGAAGGCCUGUUUAAGCAAAGGAUAGAAGCUGAAGUUGAAUAUCUGGCAAUAACAAGGACAAUACAAAGCUUGAAGAUUGCUGCAAGUAACCAAAUCACGCUCUUUGAAGAACAAGAGUCUCUUGCAAAUGAGCAAGCACAGAUGAUAAACAAGCUUGGAGAAACAGAAAACAAGGCUGCAAAGCUAAAGAAACAAGCUGAGGAGUUAGAAAAAUAUUGUGGUGAUAUUUUAGGGACCGAAGAAGUUUUGAUCAUGCAGAGGAGGGUAUGUAAGGUUUCCUCAUGUUUUUUUAUACAGUUUUUAUUAUUGGUCGUAGCCUUUUGGGUUUUUUGGUUGCAGUUAUCGCCUUAUACUGGGGCGGUUGUACCUACCUAAGUCUGCGAGUUUUCAUUUUUUUUUUUUUUUUUGGUUUUUUGGUUGGUAUUUUCCAGCAUCUCAGGCAAAUAUUUGAAUGUGUUUUUAAGUUUCUAUUGUUAUUGUUUAGAACAAUUUCUACAUUCCGGAUGAGGGGUGAGGGGGAAUGAGCCUGUAAUAUUGGGUUUUUAUUUAUAUUUUUUAUUUUUGUUUAUAAUUUUCAUUUCUGCAGAUUUGUAACACAUUGUUGUAAACUUUUUUGUUGUUUCUAGUCAAUAGAACUUUGUCAGAAUUAUAACCUUGGAACCA